AUGAAGCGCGACAAGCGCGACCAGUUCGAGCGCAACCUCGACGCCGCGGUGCGAGUCUACGGCGGCGUCGGCGUGGUGUCGCUGAAGUUUAACACGCUCAACGGACGCGGGCUGACGAUGCUGACGGAGGCGGUGAAGACGGGCAAGGGGGAAUUCGCGGAGACGCUGCUGACGCGAUACGGCGCCGACCCGACGGCGGAGGCGGACGGCGCGUGCGCGCUGGCGAUGGCGCUCGCGGCGAGGGAAGCGUUUUUGACGUUUGGUGAGAUUCUGGAGGCGCACGCGACGAGGGUUGGGUUCGAGAGCUUGGAGGCGUACGUGCGCGAAAAGUAUCCGGCGGGCGCGGAGGCGUUGGCGAAGAGACGCGCGGAGACGAAGAUUCGAGGGCGGUCGUUGAGCGAGGUGAACGAGGACGCGGCGUCGCUGAAGACGGUGUCGCGAGUGGAGCGCGCGCGAUCGACGACGACGUCGUCGUCGGUGGAGACGGUUCGGUACCGCGCGUUGGGGAGCGGCGAGGCGACGACGGAACUCGCGAUGCCGGCGAACGCGGGCGAGGAAUCGGAGGGGGAAUCGGAAUACUCGAUGCCGACGCCGGACUCGACCGUCGUCGCGGUGGAGUACCUGCGUCAGCAGAUCGGGGUUCUGCGGGAACUGGACGAUCGAAUCACGGAAAUCGAGUUCGCAGACGCCGACGCCGACGUCGACGAGAUGGACCGUUUUCGCCAUGCUCUCUCCGCGGCGGAGGAUGAGUUAGUCGAGAGCAUGGAUGAUAUAUAUAUAGACCACGACGAAGCGUUGCCGGCGAUCGUCGAAGAGUACAAGCGUCGUGCGCGAGAGAGCAUGACAAGGUUGAACGAUCGCGUCUCGUCGUUGUUAUUUCGCAACCGCCCGGCGCCCACGCGCGCAGACGCGCCGCCGGCGUUUUUUUCGCCUCAACAGUGA